AUGUCGCCAGACAAGCAGUAUUCUAGCGCAAAGUCCAAGAAGAACAAGAAGAAGAACCAAUCCAGCGAGCAGAAUGUCGACAGUGGCAAGGCCGCCGAUAAUGAAACACAAAACGAUGCUGUUGUUAAAGAAGAGUUGAAGGAUGAGCCUGAAGGAGAAGAGAACCAAGCCCAAGGUGUCAACGGUCAAAGCAAAGCCACCGCAGACUCUGCGACGGAGAAGAAGAAUAACGACGAGAACAAUGCCUCGGACGCCAAAACGAUAACAACUACCAAACCGGCAGCGUCAGAAGAUAACAGCAAAUUCGACGACCUAGUACGAGACCGGGACUCUCUCCGCGCCGAAGUGACCGAACUCCGCAAAUCGCUGGAACAAAUCCAACACAAGCACGAAGAAGAAAUGGAAGCGCUGCAACAGAAAUUGAACGAGUCCGAGGACAAGAAAACGCAGGCCGAAACACAAUUCCAGAAACUGUUGGAGCGAGUGAAUACGAUCAAAUCGCAGCUGGGGGAGAGGUUGAAAGAGGAUGCCGAGGAACUUUCGCAAGCUCGGUCUCGUAUAGAAGAAUUGGAAGACCAAAAUUCGGCUUUGAAAGCCGAAGUGAGCGAAAAUUUGACCAAGAUCGCAGGCUUAGAGAAAGACGCCCGAGAACAUUCCAACGAACUAUCGAAUCUACGCAACAGAGCCAAUCUGUCUCAGCAGAAUUGGCAGCAAGAGAAGGAGGAGCUUAUUGAACAAGAGUCGUAUAUCCGGGCAGAAUUCGAAGAGGCGAAGCAGGCAAUGCAUAAUUGGGAAGUGCUGGCAAUGGAAGAACGAUCAAUCCGGGAGGGGCUUACGGAGAAGGUCAAUGAUUUGGAAGAGCAGCUUUCGAGUCUUCGUGAUGAGUACAAUAGUGCUGUUUCGGAUAAUAAUACGCAAUCAAACACAAUUGAUGGACUGCAGCGAGCAUUACAGGAGAUACAAGACGCACGAAAACAAGAACUGCGCGAACUUGUGCAAAGCUCCGACGCGCAGCUCGAAGAGCUCAGAGAGAAACUUCAACAAGUUGAGAAGCGAGCAGAAGAGGCCAACACAGACCUCAAACAGGCGCAGACGGAGCUAGAUCGACUUCUCCCAUUUGAGAAAGAGGUCAAAGAGAAGAACCUUCUCAUUGGCAAACUGCGGCAUGAAGCCGUUACUCUGAAUGAUCAUUUGACGAAGGCAUUGAGAUUUUUGAAGAGAGGUAAACCCGAGGAUAAUGUUGACCGGCACGUCGUGACAAAUCAUCUGCUACACUUCCUAGCUCUCGAUCGGUCCGAUCCAAAGAAGUUUCAGAUCUUGCAACUCAUUGCAGCUCUCUUACAAUGGGACGAUGACCAAAGAGAACAAGCAGGACUCAGUCGUCCCGGCACAUCGACUACAAUAAGUAACAUCACCACUGCGCUAAAAGUACCGAGUUUCUACGUACAUCGAACACCGAGCACACCCUCUCUUAUGACCGAUUACAUGGAGAACGGGAACAAUGCUGCGGGCGGAAAGGAGACCCUUGCAGAACUGUGGUCUAAUUUCUUGGAGCAAGAGGCCGAAGCUGCUGGGAAUGGAAGUAAACGAGGCUCUACAGCCGGUCUUUCACCUUAA